AUUGUCGAAGUUAAUACAAUUAAAUUCGUGUGAAUCAUUAUAGAACUCAAUGGUGUGAAUUAAUUCGUCCGUAUAGCGCAGGCCUGACUAUCAUUAAUUAAGAACAUGGAUUUUCCUUCCAAUAAAAAGUUCAUUGUUGUGCUUUUGGGUGCUAGUGGCAGUGGGAAAACAUUUUAUGGUAGCGAACAAAACAAGAGAUUUACAGAACCUUUGUUUACAUUCGUUACGAAACAUGAGGAUCUUGCAAGAUGUAAUGUUAUGUAUUUUUCAAUCAGCAAAGAACUUCGUAACCAAAAUAUGGUAAGUGUUUGGCAGGAUGAAACUAAUUUUUCAGUUGUAAAGGAUGCUUGUAAAGAUUUGAUCAGGCAAACUUUCAUGAAGUUUAAGACCUUAAAUUAUCAGGUAUUAAUUCUGGACAGUGCGAAAGAUUUGGAAGACGCCGAAUUUAUCGAUUUUGAAGCAAUGAAAAAUGAUUUGGAGGUAAGAUAUGCAAUUUUGUUCGACGUUUCAUAUGAAACUAUAGAAAAAAAUUGGGCCACUCGAAACGAUGACCGCGAUGAUUUUCGUGGCCCUGCCCAAAUUUAUCUGCGUAGCUGGUAUGUUAAAGCUAAUGAUAUUUUAAAUUAUUACAAAAGAUCUCAGCGUCUUCUGAGUGUAAAUGACUAUAUCAUUCAGAGAUCCUGGUUUUUGUAUAAUCAACUGAACACAUUGUCCCCGAAACCAGAUUGUCCAAAUAACCUACAUGCAGCAUUGAUUCAUUCGUCAAAAUUAAAAGAUAUCUUUUACAAUCUGAAUAAUGUACUCCAGGUUCAUCAAUUUCAGUUUACACAGCCAGUUUCCUUCGUUAACAACAGUAGAGAUUUAGCUUGGGUGACCAAACUUGGCCAAUAUUAUGUUACACCUAAGACUAAUGGAGUUCGUUGUCUCAUGUUGAAAAUAGCCUGUGGCUGUUAUAUGAUUACAAGAAAGAAUGAAAUUUAUCCAUGCUCAAUAGUAAAUAGUCAAUUGCCUCUCAACACAGUCUUAGAUGGUACUUUGCUCCCUUCGGAAAAGAUCUCUGAUAUUUACUCAAAGAAAAGCUUGCCUCUAAAGGAAAAUGUCUUUUUGGCAUUUGAUAUUCUGGCCAAAUCAGACGAAGUUUUAUGGAAAUGGCCUUUCUCUGUCAGACAAGAUAAUCUUAUCCAACUUCCUUUGAGUGAUGAUAUUGAUAUUGUCAUGUUUGAUGCACAAAAUUUUGGAGAAACAUCACACAUACUUUCUCUGAAAAGUGAAGUGAUGAGUGUUCAUUGUGCCAUAAAAAGACAUUAUUUAUCUACUCCAAGAGAAAUCUUGAAUUGUCUUGAGACCUUGUCUAAUCUUCCAUAUUUAUCUGAUGGUAUGAUUUUUACCCCUGACACUCCCUACAUGUUUGGAUUCGACUUUAUGCUUUUUAAAUGGCAAUUUGAGGAAUCAAUUCAUUGUGACAUACUCUUAAAUGAUUUAAAAAAUGGAAAGCGUGAAUGUACGGUAGAGUUUAGUGAAAAUGUGAAAAAUGGUGACUUGUGAAUUAAGUGAAAAUGACAUCAUGGAAUGUCGGUGGCAUUCAUCUAGAAAUGCCUGGGAUCCAUUGCUUCUACGAACAGACAAACUCAAACCCAGCAGCAACAAAGCAAUUAAUUUUAUUAAGAAGCUUUGUCAAAGACCAUAUAGAAGGAAACAGUUUGUGAAAGAUUUAACUGACCUUGAAUACCAGGAGCAACUGAAUAUUGAUUUAAGUGAAAACAAAUCAGUUCAUGUACUUCAUCCAACCUCGAGUUAUUCUUUCGAAGAGCUAUAUUCAGCAAUAAAUGAGCAAGUAAAUACUGGUUACGUUCAAAAAACGGUUGACACUUCAACAGAACUUCAAAUUUUUUGUUACACCACAGCAUUGACAAAUCCAAUUCUGUCCCUGUGCAGAGGACUAGUCUUACAUCCUGACACACAGACCAUUGUAACCAAGCCAUUUGUUCGAUUCUUUAAAGAAUGCGGCAAUCAUUGUGCAGAUGAGGAAGUUGAAGCUACCAUGAAGUAUGAUGGCUCACUUGGUAUUGCGUUUCUUUGGGAAAAUGAUUUAAAGGUGACGACAAAGCGAAGAAUGGAUUCCGAGCAAGCCACUUGGGCAAAGCAAUGGAUUAACCAACACUGUGAUAUCACAAAAUUUGAAUUUGGCCACACUUAUAUGUUUGAAAUUAUCUACAAAUGUAACACAGUGAUUGUAAACUACCCUUUUGAUGGACUUGUUCUUCUAGCAGUGACUGAUGACAUUUACGGUCGUGAGUUUUCUUUUGAAGAAUUGUUGCGUUGUGCUCAACAAAUUGGCUUUUUCAUGGUGCCACCACGAUUUAAAGGUACUUAUGACGAAAUUCUUUGGUACUGUGGUGGAAUCGAUCUUGGCGUACAUGAUUCUAAAAGAAUCAGCUCUGCAACCCACAGCACUAAACACAGCGGUGACGUGAAAGCCAGCAGCUCUACAGCCUCUAUUUUACACGGCAGUGCAACACUUAGCAGAGCGACACUAUCUGGGAAAGCAAAAAGUGUUCAUCAGGAAGAAGGUUGGGUUGUUAAAUUCAUUGAUGGAUCACGACAGAAGAUUGUUCAUAAUUGGUGGAAGGAAGCCUUUAGAUUGGCACAAUUGGCCCAUCCACAGAUUGUUUGGUUGCUGCUAACACAAAA